CCACGUGAACGCGCUCACGGCCAAAUACAAGACUGAGCUCCAACAUGUGAAAGGAUGCCUGGCUCUGCUAUGUGGAGCUUUAUAUGCCUUUAACACACUCUGCUGCUGCUAUGAAACACAUGGAUUAUGGAGCGACCUCGUCUAUGUUGCCAGAUACUACUUCUUAUCACUGUUUUGGUGACCCCUUCAGUUCAGGAUGGUGACGAGGCUUCUUGUGAUGGAGCGUUUGAUAUUUAUUUUGUUUUGGACAGAUCAGGCAGUGUGUCUAGAAAUUGGAAUGAGAUCUAUGGCUUUGUGGAGCAGCUCACCAGCAGGUUUAUCAGUCCCAGGAUGAGGGUGUCCUACAUAGUCUUCUCGGCCAAAGCUGCUGUCAUACUCCCACUGACCGGAGAUAGGACUGAGAUAGACAACGGUUUGAAGAUGUUGAGUCAAAUCAAACCAGCAGGAGAAACUUACAUGCACGAAGGACUCAGAGCAGUUUCAGAUCAGAUGAAAAAGCAAAGUACUCCGUCAUCUACCAUCAUCAUUGUUCUGACAGAUGGGAAACUGGAGGUGUACCCUUUUGAACUCAGUGUACAAGAGGCCGACAAAGCCAGAGGGUAUGGAGCCAGAGUGUACUGCGUAGGUGUGAUGGACUUUGACCACAAACAGCUUGCAGAAAUAGCAGACAACACAGAGCAAGUGUUCCCAGUGCUGUCCGGCUUCCAUGCCCUUAAAGAUGUUGUUAAUAAGAUCCUCAAGCAAACAUGCACAGAUGUGUUCACCAUAGAGCCUACAAGUGUAUGUGUGAAUGAGUCUUUUAACAUUGUGCUGAGCGGGAGUGGCUUCAGCGGCUCCAAAAGGACAGACAAUGUAGUGUGCACUCUCACCGUGGACCACAACACUUAUGACCAGAAGCCGACCGUGGUGAGAGACGGCUAUCUGCUGUGCCCUGCUCCUGUGCUCCAUGAAGCUGGACAAUCUGUAGAGGUACUGGUUAGUUUGAACAAUGGACAGUCGUACAUCUCUAGUCCUAUUGUCAUCUAUGCUACAAAAUGUUCAGAUGGGAUGUGGGUGCUGUGGCUGCUGCUGGCUCUUCUCCUUUUACUGGCUCUGGUUCUCUUCUGGUGGUUCUGGCCUCUCUGCUGCACUGUGGUGAUCAGAGACCCACCGCCCUCUCGACCUCCUCCCCCUCCUCCACCUAUUAUUGAGCCAGAAGAAGAUCUAUUACCCAAGCACAAGUGGCCAACAGUGGAUGCUUCAUACUACGGAGGCAGAGGUGCAGGAGGGAUCAAAAGAAUGGAGGUGCGCUGGGGACAGAAGGGCUCCACAGAAGAAGGCUCACGGCUGGAGAAGGCUAAAAAUGCUGUAGUGACCAUGCCAGAAGAUGUAGAAGAUCCCAUUAUUCCAAAACCUCCACCAAGGCCCCCACCUGUGUAUAACCCCCCUUUACAGUCCAAAUGGUAUACCCCGAUCAAGGGUCGUUUUGACGCACUGGUCGCACUGCUGAGACGACAAUAUGACAGAGUUGCAAUUAUGAGACCAACACCACAGGACAAGGGUCGCUGCAUGAACUUCACCAGAGUUCAGAGUCACUGAUAGAAGUAAUGACCGAUGCCACUGUCAUUCUUUUUGUGUGCCUUGUGCAUUUUCACUGUGCUUUGUAAAUAAAUGUUUUUAAUAUUA